UGUUAACUGUCACAGGUCUCUAAUCCUGUUCUUCCUCGCAAACAUAAGGCAGUAGUCCCAUUUUUUGUCUUCCUGCUGAAAAUGUCGACGAGAAGAGUGGUCUUAACGGUUCUCCUGUCUGCAUAAAUCAGUGAGUAAGGUCAGGUGCUUGCUCACUACAAAUGCAGGAUGCGGUGUUGUCCCAGCUCUGUGCUCCACCUGCUCCGUAGUGUGCGUGUCCGGGUGUGUAGCCGGCGAGGAAGGAGCAGACUGCCCUUGUGGAUUAGGGAAAAAUGGGCUUACGUGAAACUACUGGUGCACUCACUUUACUUCAACUCCCUCACAGACUCCGAUGUAGUUUUUGACUCCGUUUUUGAACCAGUGUUUCUGACUGUGGAUUAUGUCACCCGCUGGUUUGGCCUGGUAUUUGUUUGUCUAGUGGUGAUACUGACCAGCUCCAUUUUGGCUAUAGCCUAUCUGGUCCUACUGCCUCUGGUCCUCAACACCUACUCUCCUCCAUGGAUUGCUUGGCAUAUCCUCUAUGGACAUUGGAACCUCGUCAUGAUAGCGUUCCACUACUACAAAGCUGCCAAGACCUCCCCUGGGUCUCCCCCUACAGAAAAAAAUGACAGGCCGUUUGUGUCAGUCUGUAAAAAGUGCAUCAUUCCUAAGCCAGCUAGAACACAUCACUGUGGUAUCUGUAACAGGUGCAUUCUAAAAAUGGAUCAUCACUGUCCCUGGUUGAAUAACUGUGUGGGCCAUUUCAACCACCGUUACUUCUUCUCCUUCUGUCUCUUCAUGACCUUGGGCUGUGUCUACUGUAGCAUCAGUGGCAGAAACUUAUUCCUGGAUGCAUACCGAGCCCUUGAGCGCUUUAAACAUUUGGAUUCAGAAAAGUCCGGGGUACCUGUAACAGGGAUGGGACUUCUCAUAGGGCUUCUCCCAACUGGUCAGACCAACUAUCAAACCCCUGCACCUCCAUACACCUUUAAGGAUAGGAUGAUUCACAAGAGUAUUAUCUACAUGUGGGUGCUUACCAGCACAGUUGGGCUGGCGUUGGGAGCUUUAACCUUUUGGCACGGGGUUCUCAUAUCGAGAGGGGAGACCAGCAUCGAAAGACAUAUCAACAACAAAGAAGCAAAGAGAAUUGCCAGAUGGGGAAAGGUUUAUAGAAACCCCUUCCACUUCGGCAGGUUGAACAAUUGGAAAAUCUUCUUUGGGGUGGAGAAAAGAAGUCACUGGGUGACUCGUGUUCUCCUGCCGUCUGGACACUCUCCGUAUGGUGACGGCUUGACGUGGGACGUCUUCCCGGUUAAGAAGGAUUUGAUACCCGUAUGACAGAGUCUGAUUAGACAUUCUUCUCCAAUUUGUCAGCUAUUGCUCAAUCUACGUGAUUGACUGAAAGGAUUCUUUCUUAGUUUCUACAUAUCAUUGAAGAUGUGGUAUCAUAUCAACCUCCAGUACCUCAAGAACUUCAACACUGAUGCUCACGACUCCUCUAUUCACAUUUUUUUUUUUUUUUUUACCAAAGCAAUGUAUGUUCUCUGGAGGAUUUUAUCUAUUCCUGAAAAACUGCACUGGAACUGAGCAUUGAGCGAUCACAGACGUGGGAUUUAUUAUUAUUGUUAUUUUUAACAAGACACUAUACUGACUGAUGUGUUUUAAACAUAAAUAUAUCUGUUCAAUUUUUUUUAAGGAAAAGGUCUCACCAUUUUCUUCCUAGACUGAUUUUUUUUUUUUUUUUUUUUAAAUAAAAACCAAUCAAACAAAACAAAUAAACACUGUAUUUGAGGACACAGUGGUUCAUGUCAAUAUCCCCUCGUCCUCAACCCAUUAAUGUACUCUGGUUCAAUAAUAGCAUGUGAUUCAAACAUUCAUGGAAAACCACAGUAUCUUGAAAAUGUUAUUUAUAUGUAUUUUACACUUGUGAAUUAAUAAAUAUUUUUUAAUUUGAUUUAUUUAAAUAA